AUGAACAACACUGAAGCAAAUAACAACACACCCAACAACGUACGUGGUCGCGGACGUGGUCGUGGAAAUGGACGUGGAGGUAGACGCGGACGUGGCAGACACGCUGGCACCUUUGUGUUUGUUGAACCUACUGUUCAGCACAACACCACUCCUGUCAACAACAGCAAUGCCCAAGCUGAGAACAACAACGCUAAUGUCGAAGAUGACAAUGGGCCUUCACGUCCAUACAACGUAUGGCCUGAGGUUGCAAUUUGUAUCCUUCUUGAGAUCAUGGCAGGCACCUACAAUCACUUGUUGAGAAGAGGAGAUACUGCCUUGAAACAGUUUAUCUGGGUUCAUUCGGCAGCUCUCUUGAAAUAA